CAAGUCAGGAAGAACGGAAGGGAUUCCGAUCAAUUAACGAUGACGACGACGGAACCUCCGAAGCUCUUCACCAACAAGCCCAAGAAAGCUGCACAGCUGAAAAAUCUCCUUCAGCAGCAGCAACAACAGCAGCAUCAGUUUUCUUCUCCUCCUCCGCCACCGCCGCCGACUGAAUCAUUCGCCCGCCGUUACAAAUUCCUCUGGCCCCUUCUUCUAGCAGUCAAUCUCGGAGUUGGAGUCUACUUGUUCACGAGAACUAAAAAGAAGGAUUCGGAGGAUAUUGAAAACUUGGAAGUGGAAGAGAUUACUCCAACUACAACUCCAACGCCAACUCCCAUUUCAGUUACUGCAGAUGUGGCGGUAAUAUCAUCUUCCAAGCCCAUUGUUGAAGCUCCAAAGAAUCGUGAGCGAGUACCUGAAAAUCAGCAGAGGGAGCUCUUCAAAUGGUUGCUUGAGGAGAAGAGAAAGAUCAAGCCAAAAAAUGCAGAAGAGAAGAAACAGCUGGAUGAAGAGAAAGCCAUCCUUAAGCAGUUCAUUGGUGCAAAAUACACUCCCACUAUGUAGCUGGUAUCUGUUUCCAUUAAACUUCAAAAUAUCAUUCUCUUCAUAUUUUUGCCUCUAAUCACAGUAACUUGACAGAAUGUUUUAUGCUGUCAUUCUCUUUUUCCCAUUUAGGCACAGAAAACAUAUUAGUAUAGUCAACCCCACUUGGUUACUGAAAACAUGACAAAUACUUUUGCAUCAAGUUCUAAAUCUGUAGACACCUUUUGUGAAGUAUUUGGCAUGAGCAGAUAUGAUCCCAUUUUGAAACUAUGGAGCAAUGUGCCUUAAUUUUGAUUUUGGAAAUAUUAUCCCAUUGAUUCA